CCGUAUCGACUUGCAUCCGGACGACGCAAGCUGGAAAGCCAACAAGCCGGUGUCGAGUAUCGAGAUAGGACAACAAGCAAAAGCCCAAAAAUGCCGACAGCAGGCCUUAAAACGAUAAUCGCGCUCUCGUUCGUGCUGGCCGUCGGCUUCCUCUUGGUCAUCCUCUCGUGCGCGCUAUGGCACGCCUACUACCCACUGCUGGUCGUGGCGACCUACGUGCUGGCGCCCGUGCCCAACUGGAUAUGUAGCCACUGCGCGAACCCGGACGACUUUGUCGAGAGCUCGGGCGCGGCGGUGCUUGACCUGGGCCGGUUCUGCACGGGGUUUUUGGUGGUUAUGGGCAUCGCGUUGCCCGUCAUCCUCGCGCACUCGAACCUCAUUUCUAUCCCGGCUAUGAUCAUGUCUGUCAUCGGGGGCCUGUUGAUCUACGGGACGAUCAUCAGCUUUGCUAUGUUCUUCCAAGAAGAGCAGGAGUUUUGAAAGGGGCCGAGUUAAAGGGUCGGUUGAAGAGGGUUCUCUAGGGUAUUAUGGCAUGAUGAUGGGACCGGAUUUGAAGAGCGAGUUCUCCUGGGCGGCAUAUUUCUCUCUAUAUGGGCUGUACAACGCGGCGCUCCAUUUGACACAUCACGGGCGGGUUAGGACAGCCUCUUUGCAGACACUAUUCCUCAAUGGGACCAGGAGGCCAGGGAGGUGUAAAGGCUGAGCGUCAUAUUGCACCUGGUCC